AUGAUGAAGGCUGUCAUGCAGUCUCAGAUAAGCUUUACUAAGCAGACUACACAGGCGAUUGGUGACAUUAGGACCCAGUUGACAGCGGCAGUUGGACAAGUCCAGCAGGAGAGGGAAAGGUUUCCCUCUCAACCUCAAGUCAAGGUCGCCGGUACUCAUUUUGUGGGAAAUCCUUCUGGGACAAGUAAUUUGAAUCCCAGUUUGGAGGAGGCUAAGGCGAUCACCACUCUCAGAAGUGGGAAGGAGAUCGACAAAAUAAUUCCUCCAAAGCAAAAACCAGUUCCACCCCCAGAGCUAGUGGCUGCACCAAUAGUUUCUCCAGACUUGGGAAGUGAUCCUGAGAAAGAGAAAGAGUCGGAGUCCUCUAAAGUGGAGGUGCUUGCUCCUGCAGCCGCCAUGACUCCUUCACCACCCAUUGCUCCAUACGCCCAUCGUUUGGUGGUGAAAUCCAAAGUCAAUGUUUUGAAGGAUCUGUGUACUUCAAAGUGGAGAACUAAGAGUCAGGACGAAGUGCUCCUGACGGAGCAGGUGAGCUCCAUUCUGCAGGCCAAUAUGCCAAACCAAAUGCAAAGACCCUGUUCCACCAUUCCUAUAGCUAUCGCAAGCCAGAAGUUCGAUAAGGCUUUAUUGGAAUUAGGGACAAGUGUCAACUUGCUCCCAUAUUCGGUGUACUUGAAGCUUGGCCUAGGCGAUCUGAGAGCCACAUCGGUCACGCUACAGUUGGCUGACUGGAUCGACUUCAUUGUCCUGGAUACGUGCCCGAUACCAGAGGUCUUCGAGAAGACCCUUAUCAUCCUUGGCCAUCCUUUCCUAAGCACCUCCAGUGCCGUCAUGAACUACAAAAUUGGACAAGUCCAAAUGUCAUUUGGGGAUUUGAAAAUAGAGGUGAAUGUGUUUAAUGUGGAUAGCCAAGUCAAGGAUAAUGAGGAAGUUUAUGAGGUGCGUUUGAUCGACACGUUGGUGCAGAAGCAUGUCAAUAAUAUUUUGUAUAAGGAUCCUCGGAGAUAG